UCUGGAGAGUACACCGAUAAUUACAGUGAGACGGGUCGCUACGUACCGGCAUCAUGACGUGCAGUACUUCACCGAUGCGGAAAACUCGCCUGUGUUGAGCAGGAAGCUGGGCAGCGUGGUCUGUAGCUGACUGCAGCAUACUGGCUUCGUGUUUUGCUCGUCAUCGCGAUCUACCAGCAGCCUCUCGAUCAGGUAGCAAUGGUCUUGACGGACUACCAGUGCAACCAUGUACUCAGCCUGCCAUACCCCCUCUUCUUGGUCGCAUGGUGGCUGAGAAAGCCCUUGUCGGCACCUCAACAGUCGCCACAUGGAGAAGCGGGGUGCAGUCUACAUUCUCUCUCUCUAUCACUAUACACAUCUUGUGCCCAAGGUUCAAGCCGAGCCAGCGCUAUUCAAGGUACAUGGCUUUUCCCUUUGGAGACCUCGGUGGUAACGGUUUUUUAAAGCUCACGUUAUACAUUACUGUGACCGACGCCUCUACCUGCGCCAGGCUGUGCAAAAGCAAAAAAGGCAUCUCUGGAUGCCGAACAAUUUAUCCGCGUAGUGCCGCUCGAGGACGGACAAUGUGAUGCCAA